UCAUGACGCAACCAGGAAAUAGCCAACAGUACGUGGCCUUUUCCUCUUGGACCCGCACAGCGAGAAGCUUCCCUACGUUGCAAAAUGGAGCUGGAGGCCAUGACCAGAUAUACCAGCCCGGUUAACCCGGCGGUGUUUCCUCACCUCACGGUGGUACUGCUGGCGAUUGGGAUGUUCUUCACGGCGUGGUUUUUUGUCUAUGAGGUGACGUCAACAAAAUACACAAGGGAUGUGUACAAAGAGCUGCUGAUAUCUCUCGUGGCUUCACUCUUCAUGGGAUUUGGUGUUCUAUUCUUGCUGCUUUGGGUUGGCAUCUACGUAUGAGGUUUAAGGUGACUGAACAAGAGACAUUCCCGUGGAACAGAGGACAUCAUACGUAAAAGGAAAUGAAUUGGUUAGGACUGCACUGACAAUUGUGGGGAUCGUGUAAACUUUUUUUUUUGUUUUCACCAGUAAAGAGGAAUUUGUAGAAAUUUUCUGUGUUGU